AAGCGCUUGCAGGCAAUCAGCCAAUGGGCAAGGUGCUCUUCAAAGUGGGGUGAUGCUGCCGAGCUAGAGGCUCGAAAGGGAGGAAGUUGGCGCUGCGCGUAGCUAAGGCCUGUUGGAAGGUUGGUUGCUAUGCUGCGACUGGCAACUCUGUGACCCACUUAGGAGGUAGAGGCCGGUUGCGUUUGCACGAAUUGGAAGGAAGCUGCCAAAAGAGGCAGGACGCUGUCUGAAGGUAGAUCAGAUUGGCGUUUUUUCCAGCCAGUAGCUCUCAAGUACCUGGUCGGCGCGACCCAAUGAGGCAUUAGCGGGCGGGACAACGGGUGAGCCGUUCCCAAGCUCUGAGGAGAGAGUUUUGUGGCGAUUGUUGUCGCUGGAGAUGGAGCCGAGGGGUUUGCUGCGCUUUCGGAUCCUCCUGCUUUUAGCGGCUCCGCUCUAUGGCCGAGAACUCCGGCUCGGAACGAGGACGUUGCGGGUCCGGCGGGGAACGUACGAGCCGGAGUCAGAGGCCGGCUGUGGCCCUCGAGACGGUGGCUUUGACUUGGAGGCGCUGAGAAACAACACUCACAAGCGUGUCUUCAAUGACCUCAGUGGCUCAGUAUCCCUUUCUUGGAUUGGUGACAGCACUGGGGUCAUUCUUGUGUUGACCACAUUUCAAGUACCACUGCUGAUUGUGACUGUUGGGCAGUCUAAACUCUACCGAAGUGAAGACUAUGGGAAAACGUUCACAGACAUCACUGAUCUCAUUAACAACACUUUCAUCAGAACAGAAUUUGGAAUGGCUAUUGGUCCAGAGAAUUCAGGAAAGGUUAUAUUAACAGGGGAUAGAUCUGGACCAGAACAUACAGGAAGAAUAUUCAAGUCAUCAGAUUUUGCUAAAAACUUCAUAAUGACAGAUCUCCCUUUCCAUCCUUUGACACAAAUAACUUACCACCCUCAGAAUUCUGAUUUGUUGUUGGCCCUCAGUACUGAGGGAAGCCUGUGGGUAUCCAAGAACUUUGGUGAGAAAUGGAAAGAAAUAUACAAAGAUGUUUGCCUGGCCAAAUGGGGCCCUGGCAUAACCAUCUUUUUCACCACCUACCAGAAUGGUUCUUGUAAAGCUGAUCUUGGGUUGCUGGAGCUGAAAAGGACCAAAGACUUUGGGAAGUCUUUCAAGAAUAUAGGAAGCAAAAUCUAUUCCUUUGGCCUGGGUGGGCGCUUCCUCUUUGCAUCUGUGAUGACAGAAAAGGGUAAUACAAGACGAAUCCAUGUGUCAUUGGAUCAAGGUGAAACUUGGAAUAUGGCCCAGCUACCUUCAGUGGGACAAGAACAGUUUUACUCUAUCUUGGCAGCUAAUGAUGACAUGGUGUUCAUGCAUGUAGAUGAACCCGGAGAUACUGGGCAUGGAACAAUCUACACCUCUGAUGACCAAGGCAUCAUAUAUUCCAAGUCUCUAGAAAGACAUCUCUACACCACUACUGGUGGGGAGACAGACUUCACAAAUGUGACCUCCAUGAGAGGAACGUACAUCACUAGUGUGCUCUCAGAAGAUAAUUCCAUUCAGUCGGUGAUUACUUUUGAUCAAGGAGGAGAAUGGGUGCACUUGAGGAAACCCGAAAAUGCUAAAUGUGACUCAACAGCCAAAAAUAAGGAGAAGUGCAACCUUCACAUUCAUGCAUCCUACAGCAUCUCACAGAAGCUGAAUGUACCAAUGCCACCUCUGUCUGAGCCUAAUGCAGUUGGAAUUAUCAUUGCUCAUGGAAGUGUUGGUGAUGCUAUUUCAAUAACAAACCCAGAUGUUUACAUUUCGGAUGAUGGCGGCUAUACCUGGGCACGGAUGCUCAAAGGACCCCAUCAUUAUGCCAUCUUGGAUUCUGGAGGCAUCAUCGUGGCUGUUGAACAAACUCAUCAUCCUAUCAAUGUGAUUAAGUUCUCAACAGAUGAAGGUCAAUGUUGGCACAACUACAUUUUCAGUAAGGAACCGAUAACAUUUACCGGCCUAGCAUCUGAGCCAGGAGCAAAAUCGAUGAAUGUUAGUAUCUGGGGAUUUAAAGAGAGCUUGCUGUCCCGCCAGUGGGUCUCGUAUACCAUUGACUUUAAUGAUCUCCUCAAAAGGGACUGUCAGGAGAAGGACUAUACGAAGUGGUUGGCUCACUCCAGUGACCCCAGUGACCCUACAGAUGGCUGCAUACUAGGCUACAAGGAGGAAUACCUACGACUUCGCAAGUCAUCUGUCUGUCAGAAUGGCCGUGAUUACAAAGUGACCAAACAACCAUCUGUUUGUGUUUGCACAUUAGAUGAUUUUCUUUGUGAUUUUGGCUACUACCGUCCAGAAAAUAAAUCAGAAUGUGUGGAGCAGCCAGAAUUGAAGGGUCAUGACCUGGAGUUCUGUUUGUAUGGGGAAAAAGAGCGGCUAAUGACUAAUGGGUAUCGGAAGAUUCCAGGAGACAGAUGUGCUGGUGGGGCAGACCCUAAGCGUGAAGAGACUGAUUUGAAAAAAAAAUGUACUAGCAAUUACUUGAACUCAAGCCAAUUGUCUGCCUCCUCCAGUUCCACUCCAGUCAUCCUGGCUGUAAUAGGAUUGAUGCUCACCACUGCCAUAGCAGGAGUAUUUGUCAUUAAGAAAUAUGUUUGUGGAGGAAGGUUUCUGGUCCACCGAUACUCUGUCCUGCAGCAGCAUGCAGAAGCAAAUGGCUUUGAAGGACUUGAGACACCAGAAACCAGUAAAAUUGGUUAUCAUGAUGAUUCUGAUGAGGACCUUUUGGAAUAGUGAUAUGCACAUGUUGCUGAAACUGGAUGCAUACAGGUUGGGAUGCUGCUACAUAAGGUUGUGAAUUCUGAUAGACCGUUUAACUCCCAAUUUGGACGCCUCUCCUGUGUCCAAGAGACUCUGUGUUCUUGUUGCUUCCAUCAAACUGUCAUAAAACCAGCGUGGCUCCAAGAACUGCAUUAGGGGUAGGGUUGGGGAGGAAGAGUGCAAGUCUGAGUAAAGAAGAAAGAAACAUUUCUUUUAAAAAUGUAACAUUAUUUUAAUCCAAUUUGUUUCCAGCUCUUAAAGAAGAAGUAAAUAGAAAAGUGAAAGCAGCAUUUCACUAAAUAUUAGCAUUAAUAGGCUCAACAUAUUGUGCUGCUGCAAAGAGGGCCCAGAUUCCCAGAUAGGGGACAUGUCCACUCCAAUAAUGUGAUGCUGCUUUGAAGCUUCUGCAUUGUGCCCAGCACUUCUAACACAGAGAACAAAGAGAUCCUGGGACAAGGACUGAGGGAACUAACCUACAUCCCCAAAGGGCUGUGUGCCAAAAUGGAAUUACUUUCUGUUUUAACUAAAAUUUGGGUUGACCUCUAUACAAAGCAGAGAUUAUCCCAAGGUUUGAAUGAACUCUGCAGCUGGGCUUUACAAUUCCAAGGAACUAAACUGUGAAAUAAGUGUGUAUGCUGCCAUAAAUCUUUAAGAAGGAAAUAAUAAUAAUAAAAAAAGUGAGAAAGAGGUUAAUAUUAUACAUUGUAGAACUAAGCAGUGCAGAUCUCUUAGAAAUAAAACUUGUUUAGAAUACUAUAGUCUUUUAAAAUAACAGAAGUAAUGUUCUUUGGCUUUGGUUCUCGAAGGAAAACGUGAUUACAAACAACGCCCUGAUGUUGUUCAGUUUUCUCUUUUUCACUAUGCACUUCUUUUUGUGAAAGCAAUAUGUCUGUGGUUGCAGUUCUGCUCCACUUUGGUACUGUGCAUUUACCUGCUAAAUAUCCAUACAGAAUACUACAUUACCCUUACUCACUUCUCCAGUAAUAUUCAUGGAAUUCUAGAGAGGGAAAUUAUCUUGAAAAAUUAGUCAGUUCUGAUAUUGGUCAUCACUGGAAACAUCCCAUUCUAAUGACAAUUGGAAUUGUAGAGAGCUUCUUACUGAACAGAAGCCAUGGAAGCACAAAGUUUUAAACCAGCUUGUGACAUAGCUGGUGUUUGCUUUUCAUUACUGUUAAGUAAUGUUUGAGGAUUUAUCAUUCAAUUGCUAGAACUUUGCAAUUGUCUGAAGUGGUGAUAAUUGUUUUAACAGCUGAUCAGCCCCAGAUGAUGAUUUUUGCCCUCAUUUUUGGAUUUGAUUCUUAUCUAUAUUGGGGAUACCAGCCACAUAUGGUCUUACCUUAACACACACAAAAUGUAUUUUCAUGAAGAUAACUGUCUUAUGAGAUUAGUUGAAGUUUUGCUGUCUUCUGUUGAGGAAUGCAUCAAAUAGAAUGUACUUUUGAGUAAGUCUUGUUACUAUAAGUAGUGAUUAAUGGACUCUGCUUGUUUUUAAACUAGGCUUCAAAAACAGACAUAGUUAAACAGAAAAUAGUGAAGGUUCUUUUCCCUAAAGACAAAUUCUAAAUUUAGAUCUCAUAGUGCUCCCAGUGAUGACAAAUUAAGAGCAUGAAGAUCCAAGAUCCCGUAUCACUGCAAAUCCUCCAUCCUGCCCCUAUUAUUUUCUUUUCUCCAGGCUUACUAGGCCAUUGGGUGACACCUGCAGGAAUUCUUCCCUUCCUCCUUUCCUCACACCUAGUUGUUGCAAUAGCAUAUGUCCCAGGCAUUUUCCUCCUGAUGGGAGGAAAAAUUGAAUUUGAUUACAAUCUGAAUAGAGUGAAUUUCAUGGCAUGUUGGGAGAGGGAUUAAACUUGCUUUGUAAUGGAAAUAAGAAUUGUAAGGUGGAGACAUUUUAUAUUCUGCCAAACCAGCUCAUAACAAAUUUCAGCUAGUGAAACAUCACUGAGUGCAAGACCUGUUCUGACUUAGCAGUCAUGUUCCUUUUGGCAGAAGACCAGAUGAGGUGUCCUGUUGUGGUGAAUUGUUACCAUUUAUCUUCUUAUCAUUCAGCAUGCAUUUCCUAUAGCUAGUAUAUUUUAAAAUAAUGAAUUUAGUAUGUUUGAAACAAAGGAUCUUCCUGUCACUGGUGACUUGCAUCAAGUGAAGUAAAAUUUUAUUAGGUACUCAAAGCUUAUCAGAUAUUCCAAGUAAUUAGGGUGUGCUGCUGAAGUCAAAGGACUUUCCAUUUCUCACUUUGGCAUUAAAAUGAGAGUGAGAAAUUUGGAAGCAAGUGCCUCCUGAUAAUUUGUGGUGUGUUUUUUUUUUUUGUUUGUUACUUUGGCUUUAUUUUGUGUCCUGAGAAGACAUUAGUUUCUUCUGAAUGAGUGAGUGAUUUGAUUAUAUCCCAAUUUUACCAAUUAUUUGUUACCAUUUAUUUUUGUCCCUUGUGAAAGGUAGGUGCACCAAGAGGAAACGUUUCAAAGCAAAAGCAAAUGGUGGAAGGAAAUGAUUAUCUCUGGAAAACUCUAGGCUUGUAUAGGUAGAUGCCUGGAGCAAGCAUAGAACUAAAAUGGGCCUAGGAAAUGCUUGAGAAUACCUGGUCUAUCCUGAAAUGUCGAGCUUUCUAGUAGAGCUUUGCAUGCUGUUCAUGAAGGUCUUUAUAGAGACUUGUAUCUGUAUUGGUUGAACAUCAUCCAAUAAUUGGGAACAUCACUAUACAGAUCUUGGUGCUGAGUAUGCAAAGAUAUACAUAUGUCAUAACCAAGACACUUGGGGGCAGCACACAUCAUUGCUGUCCUAUACCCACUGUAGCUUUGUGCAUACUUCAAGCAAAAGCACACCCUUCUAAAGGCCUUCCAAACACAUCCUUCUAAGGCCUUCUAAAAUUAGUCCAUCAGUAAUUUAUUAUGGUGUACAUGCCAGCACAGAAACACAUAUAACAUGCUCACAAUUAUUUACAGAAAAUUAGUAUCUGCUAAACUCAUGAUAACAAAACCUUGAACUGAAGGGGGACUUAAUAAGUCUUUUUAACCUAAUUACACAGCCGCUGUUCUUUAUUUGAAGCUUUUUUUGUACUUUUACCCAAUAUAAAAUGAAGUACAAAUUGCAGUCCUAUGCCAUUGAUUAGUGAAAUGUCCCAGGGCAAGGAUGUAAGAAAACUCUUAAUGGAGUGGUGAAGACAUUAUCCAAUGUAAUGUGAAUGUAACUCUCAUUACUUACUCUUCUAGUUCUGUGUCCAGCUUCCCAUGUGUAAUAAAGCAUCUCUGGAAGGCAGGUAGGGGAAGGAAGUCCAUCACUCGGUACUUUUCACCGAAGCCUCUGACCUGUUCCUUCCUCCAUUUCUGGCAGCAUCUCCUUUCAUGACAGAUUACACUGCAGUAUAUUGGCUGAUGAAGUGAGAUAAUAUUUUAAAUAACUUGAAACUUCCACGGUGAGCUAACCAGGGCCUAGUGGCAUGCAUACUUACCGCCCUAAGCCACAGUAGCCUUUGUCUCCCUAGUGUUGAAUAUGUAAAUAACAGUGCAUUUUUCUCAUUGCUGUAAGGGUGCUGCCUAAGCAACAAAGCAGCUGUAGGGAUGUUUCCAGUGCAUGCGCUUUGAAACAUUACUGCCUCCCUGUUGGGUUUGUAUGGCAGACCAGUUUUUAAAAAGAUUUCAUACCAUGUCCAUAAUGGCUGUAUAAUACUACAUUACAAAAAAGCCAUAGUUAAUACACUCCUCUAUACAAAAUUUCUUAAAAUGUGUACUGUCUAAAAUGAGGUGAAGGAAAAAAAAGGAAGCCAUGUAUAGAAUUGUAAAUAAACCUGGCUAUAUUAUAAAUUUGUACUGGUAUUUUCUGUAUAUUUGCAAUAUUUGGGUUAGAAAUAAAAACAAAAAUGAA